GUACUAUUAUAAACCUACACACUGCACUUUCAAACUCCCUUCCCUCCUCUCACCUUCCUCUCGCUCAUCAAACUCUCCGCUUGCUUUCCGACCGACUUGUUAUUCUCCGGUCAACUUUCCGAUAAUACUUCUACCUCAUCGUUCAACUCAAAGCUUAGUUGUGUCAGCUUUUGUAAUGCAAACUAGGCUUCUUUCAAGCUAGGAAAGAACAUUGAAGGUGUGAGACGAUGCAACAUAAGAGAAGCCCCAUUUCCAUCAACCAAAGCAAUCUCUCUUCUCUGACAGCAAAGCGUCAUAAGACUUCUACAUCAUUAUCCUCCAAGGAUAGGAAAGAGAAGAUUGGUGAACGAGUAAUGGCUCUUCAGCAGCUUGUUUCACCGUUUGGGAAGACAGAUACAGCUUCAGUCCUGCUAGAGGCAAUGGACUAUAUAAGCUUCCUACAUGAACAAGUCAAGGUGCUGAGUGCUCCUUAUCUCCAUAGUACAUCAGGUAGAAAUAUACAGGAAUUGGAAACAAACAAUUUGCGAAGCAAAGGAUUAUGUAUCGUGCCAGUAUCAUGUACUGCUGGGGUUGCUGGUACCAACGGUGCUGAUAUCUGGGCUCCAAUCAAGAACUGUUCUCCGAAACACUAGUCUUUGCCUUGCAUGAAUUUUGAACAGUUGGAUGAAGGAAGCACUAGGUUUCUUUUAGCAGAGGUUAAGUUAUUAGUUAUCUGAUAGAAGUGAAUAAUUUCCUGGUGAACACUGUGAAUGUCGACUGUGGAACUAGAAAGACCUCUCUAGUUCCCGGACCUUCAGAAUUGGUCUGAUGAGAUUUAUCUAUAUAUAUUUGGAACUGAUUUCA